GUAAAAUUAUAAUCUCACUAAUGGUAACACUGAUAAGCAGCAACGUUGAUUCAAAAAUUCCGUUGUUUAGAAGGUUAAUCACUAAAUGUGGUAGUAAAUUUGUGGAGGGAAAAUGAACUAAAUAUUGUGUGUUAUUUAUUAUAUCAUGUCAAUACUCAAUGUUAUUAAUCGAUUAAAAAAGUAAAAAAGUCCUAUGGAAUAUGUCUAAUUGUGAUCCUCAAAAUAAUCGGGUAAUUAUUUGUGAUAUGGACAGCUCCUCAGGCCUAAUUGAUCAAAAGUGUUUACAAGAAACUGGUGAUAGAACUUUCAAUGUUGAAUGGUCAGUAUUAUCUUCAUUAGAUUCAUUAACAUCAAAGCCAAAUAACUCUUCUUUGAGUGACAAUGUUUUUAAAAAUUGUUGUGCAAAUCCAUCUGAAACUCUAGUUAGUAAAGAAAAGUUUAUGGUAUUAGAUAGUGAUACUACUAAUAUGAAUGAAUCAAAUUUUCAACCAGAUGACAUUACAUGUUCAACAUCGGGCAAAACUACAGCAUUUCAAAAAAGGCAAAAAACAUCAUCAUAUAAUUAUAGUUUUAUGUUUGAAAACAUAUUUGCUGAUGACGAUGAUAGUAAAAUGGAAAUUAGUAGCAAUUGUAACUUGAACUGUUUUCAAAAACGAAAACGUAUUUUACCUCCCUCUGAUGUUGAUUUCAAUAAUGUUAGUAAACUUGAUAAUACUAAAUGUAGUAGUGUAGAACUUAGUAUUGAUUCUCCACAAUUACGUUUUUCAAAAAGAAAUAAAAACAAAACUUCUGAUGUGUCAAAUUAUAGUUUGACUUCUGUUGAUAAUUCUGUUAUUAGUAACAGAAGCAUUUCUAUUAAUAAAAGUAGUAUGAAAGAUAAUUCAAAAUUUAAAAAACCAGUUGAUGUCUCUUUACCUAUUAGUAAUACAAAUAAUGAGAUAAAUAAUUCAAAUAGGAGCCAACGAGAUUACUGUAGCUUAACUAGAGCAACAGAUUUAAUUUUAAGUAAUAGUUUGAAUGAAACUAAUCAUUCAAAUAAUAAAUCAUCAUCGUGGGUUGACCCAUAUGUAGGAGAUUCAACUCUGAAUAACCUAUCAGUUUCAAAUGUUGAUCAAAUCUCAAUGUGCAGCUCUCUUGACAUUCCUAGUUUAAAUCAUACAUAUGAUGUUAAUGUCAAUUGUAACUCAACUCGUAUUAAUUUAUCACAAACAACAAAAGAAUGCAUUGAUUUGCUUAAGUCGCAGGGCCAAAAAAACAAUGAAACAUAUACCUUAGAAAAAUCUAACCAAUCUGAAACUUAUGAUUUUGGUUCUUCCUUAUUAAAGAAAAAUAAUGUUCAUUCAGAUACUUAUACUGUUGAUAAUAACAAAACCAUUACUUCAUUCAAGGAUGAUGUAACAUUAAAAAAAAACGGUAAAUUUAAACUAAAUAAAAAUUUCCAUGAUUCAGAAGUUUUUGAUGGUAUAAUUAAUAAAACUCAAGGAAGCAAUUUUGGAAAUAGUAUAACUUUCAAAAAGAUUGACGACAAAGAAAAAUCAUCUAUCAAUAAUAAAUUAUCUAAAUCUAUUGAAAAUAAUAAAUGUAUCGAGUUAAAAAAUUCAUCUUUUACACAGACAACCAGUGUAACUAAUAUGCAUAAUAAUCAUGUAAUAGAUAGUAAAAAUUGUUGUAGUUCUAAUGAAUCGUUAUUCGAAUUAAAUCUAAGCAGUAACAAAAAUAAUCACUCUCAUUCCGGAUCAUUUCCUAAUGAAAACAUAAAUAAAUCUGAAAACUUUACUGCACUGAAUAAAUCGCAAACAAAAACACGUAAAAAAUUUAACUUUGCAUCAUCUAUUCAAACUUCAAAGAUUCAUGAAAAGUCUAGUAAUAAUCAUGUUGUUAAUUUUUCAUCUAAUCUAAUUCUAGAAGAUUAUUUAAUAGACACAAAUAAGUCUUCAGAAAAUAUUAUAGAAAAAACUGCUCCUGAAAGUCAAAACUCAAUAUAUGGUUUAUCUCAAACAACAGUGAAACAUUUCACUGUAAAUCACAGCAUUGGGACACAAUCUGGAGUUUUCAAUGAUUUAAUUGAUAAGACCGUACAAUGUGAUUCACCUUGUACUUCACCUAUUCAUUUAAAAUUUAAUCAUAAAGAUGUAUUGAGUAGUAAUUCAAAUAUGUUUAAUGAUGUAAUUAGUAACAGUCAAGAUUUAAAUGGAUCAAAAUGUGAAAAUUCAUGUAGUAGCAGAAGUGUUGAUCAUAUCUCUCAUACUUAUGAUAAUGAAGAAAAAAUAUUUAAUAAAGAUGCAUCUUUUAAGAGUAAUGAAAAAGCUGAAGAAACAUUGCAAAAUGUAUCAAUAUCUGAUUUGUCUCAAUCAAUUGUUCAUAAAUUUGUAGGCAAACAAUGUAUAGUUACGCAAUCACAACUAUUUAGUGAUUGUAUUAAUGAUACUUUAGAUAGUUGUGCAAGUCAAAAUUUAUCAAAAGAAAUUAAAUUUAACCGAAAAAAUAUUCCAGAUAAUGCAUCUAUGUUUGAUAAUGUAAUCGGUAACAGUCAAGAUUUAAAUGGAUCAAAAUGUGAAAAUUCAUUUAGUAGCAGAAGUGUUGAUCAUAUCUCUCAUACUUAUGAUAACGAAGAAAAAAUAUUUAAUAAAGAUACAUCUUUUAAGAGUAAUGAAAAAGCUGAAGAAACAUUGCAAAAUGUAUCAAUAUCUGAUUUGUCUCAAUCAAUUGUUCAUAAAUUUGUAGGCAAACAAUGUAUAGUUACGCAAUCACAACUAUUUAGUGACUGUAUUAAUGAUACUUUAGAUAGUUGUGCAAGUCAAAAUUUGUCAAAAGAAAUUAAAUUUAACCGAAAAAAUGUUUCAGAUAAUGCACGUAUGUUUGAAAAUGUAAUUAGAAAUAGUCAAGAUUUAAAUGAUUCCAAAUUUGUAUCACAAACUGAGCAUAAUUUAUUAAGUAAUGAAAGUAUUAAAUCCAGUCCAGCUCAACCCAACCAGUCUUUGAUAUCUGAAAAAGUUAAUACAUCUACUUCUAAUAAGGUAAAUGAAUUAUUGAACCAUACUAAUAACUUAACUUGCAUGCUGUCUAAUAGUGAAAUUUCACAAAAUAUCACUGAAAAGGAUCAUACUAAUGAAUUACAAGAUACUAGCCGAAGAACAAGAUCUAUGUCAAAAAGAUUUUCAGACACAAAGAAUACUAAUAAAUCAAGCAUGUCAAAUAAAACUAAUUUUGAAUCUGAAUAUGAUGUGCUUAGUUUGAAUAAUAUUUCAUCAUUUUCAAUUUGUAGUUCCAAGAAUGAUUCUUAUGAAAAUAGCAGUUGUGUUCAAACAAGUACCACUUUUAAUUCUACAAAAAAUGAUAUAUCACAUAAUAUAAGAAUGACUAGAUCCUCAAAAAAUACUGAUGAAAUACUAAAUGUAUCUCAAUUAUCUAGUAAAAUCAAUAACACGCUCAUGACUAAUUCUUAUGAUAAAAAUAAUUCUUUUUCUGAUCAGUCAAACAAGUCAAAAAAUAUUUAUACAGAAAUAGAAGAAUCAGUUUUAACAGAUGUAACAACUGGAAUACUAAAUUAUGACAUGACUUUAAACAAUGAGAAUAGUAGAUCAGUUUCUAAACAUGUUUCUAUUCAUAAAGAUAAUAUUGUAAGUGAAACACAAAGCAAUGUAAAAGUAGCAUGUCUAAAUGUCUCAGCAAGUUUACAUGAUUUUUUAACAGAAUCCUCUUCUACUGAUGUUAACAGCAGAAUAAUUAUGAGUAAAGAAAAAAAAGAAAGUAUUGAUUCACCCCUGGAUCACAUAUCAUUAAAUGUUCGAAAAACAAGAUCAGCCUCUAAAAAUAAAAUUGAGAAUUUAAAUAAUGAAUCUCAAUUAAAUAAUACUGAAAACAAUGAAAAAUCAUUAAAUUCUCUUAAAUUGAAUAAUACUUCAUUAUGCUCUAAUAAUAGUUUAUUAUAUAGAAAUGAAAGUGUACGUGCAACCGAUAAUGACAAUAAACUGACAACUGUCAAAGAAUUUCACUGUAAUAGAAUGACAAGAUCUUCAUCAAAAAAAUUAUCAGGAAGAAAAAGUAUGAAUAAAUCACAUGUUUCUCAUAAUACUGUGAUUAGUUAUGAAUCCGAAUCUGAAAUUCUAAGUUUAAAUAAUACUUCAUCAUUUUCUUCUGAUAGUUCUAAAAAUUAUUCCAAUAAGAAUUGCAGUUCACAUCUCUCAGAUGUAACAUCUGAAAUUUUAAAUGAUGAUUUAUCAAAUAAAAUUUUUAAAACUAAGACCUCAAAAAGUUUUUCAGAAUUAUCAUUAUUGAACAAAAGAAAAGCUAUUAAAUCAUAUAGUAGAUCAGAUCAUGAUAUGUUAAAGAUCAACAAAAGUUUUGCUGGUACUACAGAAUAUUCAAAAGGUCAGACACAACCGACUGAAUUCACCAAAGAUUUCUUAAAUAGUGAAAGCUCUUCUUCUAAAGGUAUUCAUAAUAUGUUAAAAUAUAACAAUUGUUCUAAAGUAAUAAAUUCAACAAAUUUAAGUGAAAAUUCAUUAAAGAAAAAAAUUUCAAAAAUAAAAAAUGAUUUAAACUUGACAGAACCUUCUGUUGAUCAAUUAAAAAAUAACUUAAUUGAAUGUGAUGAAUAUAUGGAUAUUGAUAAUAAUAUACCUCUUACCGUAUCAAAUAAUCAAAUAACUCCUAAAAAAUCAAAUAUUUCAUCUGCAUUAUCAGCUAAAACAUUAGAUGUUGAUAGGUCAACUAUUUCAAAUAAUAUAUCAUCUAAUGGUAUUAAUACUUCAAAAUCAAGAAAAAAAGUUUUUAGAAAUAGCUCAGUACGUAGGUCUACUAGAAAUACUAGUGCUGCCAAUAAGUUAAAAAUAUCUUUCGAAAAUUUAAAAUUAAUGUCAGAAAAACAAAACAGCAAAGGACUUAGUGAUUUAUCAACUUCAAAUAAAAAUGUUACUAUUAGAUCACAAAUUAAUGAAACUUUUGAUAACUCCUCUAGUAAUUGGUUAACAAUAUCUGAAAAUACAACUAAUAAAACAUCUAAUCCAUAUGAUAAAAAUUCAAUUAUCAACAACAGAAGUAUCAUCACACAGCAUAUAGAUAAUGUUAUUGGAAUAAUUUCUGCAAGAAAAAGUACUAAAUUGCAUCCUGGAAUUUUUGAAUUGGAAGAUCGCACAGCUGGAGUAUUUACGAGAUCACUGAAAAAACAAAUUAGCAGUCAUAGCCCAUCAAUCUUAACCAGAGCAUUAGCAAUGGAUUGUCCAUCUGAAUUCAUAUGUUCAUCUGUUACAGUUUCGGAUGAAAGUAUAUUGGAGCAAUCAGGUAUUGAAGAAAAUAUAACAGAAAAUUUUAAAACCUUAUACAAUAAAGAGCCAUGGGUUACCAAGCGCUUAUAUAAUUUUUUAGUGAGUAAGUUAGAAUAUAAAUACAAUAUUUAUUCUGUAAAAUAUGCAGAAAAAUUUGUAUUAUAUUUAGCUUCUAUUAUGAAAGAGGUAAGAAAUGAAGAGGUUGAUAUGCAAAUGUAUUCAGAUUUGUUGAAAUACCACAUGGCAAAAUACAAAAUAAUCAUGAACACAUCAGAUUAUUUACAAUUUUUAACUGAUUUCAUACCAAGGCCAUGUUAUGAUAAAUUAAUUCCCAAUUGGGAUAUUAAUAUUUCAAAAGUUAAAUUUGAUUCAUUUAAAUCAUUCAUUCCUAUCAUGGAAGAUGAAGAAUUUCUAAGUACAAUUUUAAAAUAUCUUAAUAAUACUAUGUUAUAAUUAUACUUAAAUAUUUUACCGUUUAACUUAGGAAUCUACUACUAUAUGAAUGUUAUUCUUGGACAUUAAAUUAUUAUGUUAACUUUCAUUUUUUAAUGUCUAUUAUUAUAUAGUUAUUUAAUUUUAAAUUUUAUUGGGUAAAAGAAAUGUUAAGCCUUCAGAAUUUUUUUAUAUUAAGGAUGAACAGUAGAACUUAUAUAAUUUUUAGAUAUGAUAAUGUAUGAGUAAUUUAAUGUUUUUUUUUAUAAAUUAUAUCUGUGAAGUAAUGAAUUUAUUUUUAUUUUAAUUACCCUAAGGUACUUAAAUGAAAUUAUCAUGAAACUUAAUUAAUACAAUAAAUAUUUUUUUAGGAAUAUACAAUGAAUACAUACACAAGUGUACUAAUUAAUAUAUAUAUAUAAUAAAUUAAUAUUGUGAAUAGA